ACUAGAGCAUGAAAUUCCGAGAAGGGUUUGUUCAGGAGGAUCCCCCGUGCAACUGCAGAGAGAAAAACAGGAGUAGGAGGAGAUGCAACUGGUGUAACUGAGUCACCCUCCUUCUACUGUAGAGAUACCGAGAAAUUCCCCUCGGAGGCACUUUACAGAGCGAAUGACGGAACCUGCUUUUCCAGCUCGCUGACUGGAUGGGUCGUUGUGAUUUUUUAAAUGCACGGAUUUUUAUAGGCAACGAGGGAAGAGUACUGAAGUAGGUGGGAUGAACGCUUUGCAAGGCUUUUACAUUAUUUGUAUGGAACAGUAACCAGGAGAUUUAAGACAUUUUUGUAUUAUUAUCUUUCACCCAAGACCCAAAUAUUCUGUACAAGAAAGAGAGAGAGAGAAAUAAUUUUCGAAAGAAGAAAAUCUGGAACUGAUCCAAGGAGCGGCCAGUGGCCGUGACGUUGCAGAGUUAAAAGGGGGUAGAUGAGAUCGAUCGGACACUGAGCGGGCGAGAGGGGGUUCCAUUCGGUGCUCGGGGUCUGGAGCGUCGGCUUUCUUGGAGGAGAUUGCUAAAAAUAUGCUGCUGGCUUCCGCCGUGGUGGUUUGGGAAUGGCUGAACGAACACGGUCGCUGGAGACCCUACAGCCCAGCUGUGAGCCAUCACAUCGAGGCGGUGAUCCGGGCCGGGCCAAGAACCGGGGGAAGCGUAGUCCUAGGCCAGGUGGACAAUCGUCUCUCGCCGUAUAUCAUCGAUCUGCAAUCCAUGCAUCAGUUCCGCCAGGAUACUGGCACCAUUCGGCCAGUGCGUCGCAGCUAUUACGACCCCUCCUCAGCACCAGGAAAGGGCGUGGUAUGGGAGUGGGAGAAUGACAAUGGCACCUGGACGCCCUACGACAUGGAGGUGGGUAUCACCAUCCAACAUGCCUAUGAGAAACAGCAUCCCUGGAUUGAUCUCACUUCCAUUGGCUUCUGUUACAUCAUUGACUUCAGCACGAUGGGGCAGAUCAAUCGGCAGACCCAACGCAAGCGCCGCGUCCGCCGUCGCCUUGACAUGGUCUACCCGUUGGUCACUGGGACCUUGCCCAAAUCCCAGUCGUGGCCAGCAAGCCCUGGUGUGGCCAGCACGCCGCCUGCUCCCGCCUGCACAUGUCCACAGUGCCUCCUUGUCAUGAGCAUCAAGGCAGCCGUGGCAGCUGGGAGCAACGGAGGGACUGGAGUUACCGUGAGCCAGCAGCAGCUGCAGCAGCAGCUCCAGCAACAGCUGCAACCACCACCUCCACCCCGUAAAGCCGUCUCCCUUUCUGGGAGCACCAAACUCCCCACUCCUGCAUCACUUCACAAGCCCCAAGAUGGAACAGCCACGAUGCGCAGCUCUUUGAAGACGCUGGCCUCUCAAGUGAGCCGGAGGCAAGCAGCCAGCACACCGGCUCUCACCACGACCAGCCCUCCCAGUGCCAAUGGCAAGGUGACUCGGGCCAGCCUUAAUGCACUGAACCGGACCAACCUGCAGCGUCUGGCCAUUGCACAGUCCCGUGUGCUGAUAGCCUCAGGGGUCCCUACAGUUCCUGUGAAAAACCUCAAUGGCUCAAGCCCAGUCAACCCAGCACUGGCAGGAAUCACAGGGAUCCUUAUGAGUGCUGCAGGGCUGCCUGUCUGCCUCACUCGACCCCCAAAGCUGGUUCUGCACCCCCCUCCAGUCAGCAAGAGUGAAAUCAAGUCCAUCCCUGGGAUCUCCAAUACUUGCCGCAAAACUACCAAAAAGCAGACUAAGAAAGGCAAAACCCCUGAGGAAGUAUUGAAAAAAUACCUGCAGAAGGUGCGCCACCCUCCAGAUGAGGACUGUACCAUCUGCAUGGAACGCCUCUCUGCCCCUUCAGGCUACAAGGGGCCUCAGCCAGCCAUCAAGCCAGAUUUGGUGGGCAAGCUCUCCAAGUGUGGCCACAUGUAUCACCUCCACUGCCUCGUGGCCAUGUACAACAACGGAAACAAGGAUGGGAGCUUGCAGUGUCCGACCUGCAAAACCAUCUAUGGGGUGAAGACUGGCACCCAGCCUCCUGGAAAGAUGGAAUAUCACCUCAUUCCCCAUUCGUUGCCUGGACACUUCGACAGUAAAACCAUCCGUAUUAUCUACAACAUCCCACCAGGGGUUCAGGGACCAGAGCACCCAAAUCCUGGGAAGAGCUUCACUGCCCGGGGAUUCCCUCGACACUGUUACCUCCCAGACAGCGAGAGAGGCAGAAAGGUGCUGAAACUGCUACUGGUAGCCUGGGAUCGGCGGUUGAUCUUUGCCAUUGGCACCUCGAGCACUACCGGCGAAUCGGAUACAGUGAUCUGGAACGAGAUUCACCACAAGACGGAGUUUGGCUCCAACCUUACUGGCCACGGCUACCCUGAUCCCAACUACAUAGACAAUGUGUUGACGGAGCUGGCAGCCCAAGGCAUUACAGAGGAGAGUGUGGUUCAGGAAAAGGAUUGAGAGUGGGGGAGGAAGAGUGGGGGAGGAGAGGGGAAGGGCCUUGCCCUGGGGGUGGAGCUACAAGUUUAACCAAGUUCCAUGGAUCAAGCUCCCUCCCUCUUCCACUGUGCCUGCUCUGUCCUCUCCUCCUCUUCCUCCUGCCACAGCCACAAUCUGCCUCUUAAAGGGCCCAGCUCUGCCUAUCCAACAGUUUGCGUAGGGGCUUGCUCGGAUGAGAAACCACUGUCCUAUUAGCACUUGGCUAAUAGGAGCAAACCAACCAAGGAGGGUGUUUUUCCCCAGCUCCUCUUGGGCAUGGGGUGGAGCGUCCUAAUGAGGCCUGAGGUUAUAUUAACCUUAGCAUCCAAGGCUGCUUUACGUUUGUAGCUCAGAUGUCUGUCUUUGUCAUCCCUCUCUUUGGGGUGAGAUGGCAUCUUUGUGUGGGGAAAUUAGGGACCCACUUUAAAUUCUGUGAAAAAGAAGCUGUGUUUUGGAGGCAUAGCUUAAGGUGUCUCUGGUGGUACCACUCCAGGGCCGAGAAGAUGGCUCCAUUGCAAAGGCACUGAGGAUUAAAACCAGCCCUGGUCUUCCUUUUUUCUUUGUCCAGCUAGGUGCUUGGUUCCAUGUUGUCACGUCACUGCUGCUUCCAUGUCGUGGACUCAGUGUGAGUCAGAAAUGUGCUGUUUGCUGGUCUGGUACUUCUCUCUUGGCAGCCUCCUACAUUCGGAGGCUGCCUCCCGUGUCCCGUUCCGAAAGAGCUAAGAAGUAGGCCUGAUUAACUGCUAGAAUCUGUCCCAGUUCCUUAGGGAAGUAGGCUGGAAAUUCCUUCUCUUUGAUACAUUCCAAACUGGGUCAGCCUCAUGUAAGUCUCCACGGUUGAAUUCAAAGUGGACUAGAGCAGAAUAAAUUAAUUGCAGCCGCUAUCUGGAGUUCAGCCUCAAGGAGGAGCAGUAAACCUCUUGUUUCCUUGACAUUGGUAUAUCAAAAUCUGGCCUGUUCCUGCCUCCAAAUAAUGCCAAUCCAUUCCAAACCAAGUCAGAACUACCACUUGCUCCUACAGCUGGCUCUGCUUGACCCAGCUGGGCUCCUUGAUGCAAUACUGACUUGGCUACAGUUUCGGUCAGGUGUCUCUGUCUCAUUACAUUUACUUUUUUCCAGACCAAUUCGGAACCAUGUGCCCCAAUCUCUCUUUCUGUUUGUGAAUUGCAUUGCAAGGGAUUGUUUUAUGUCUGAUCUGUUUCUGUUGUGGGUUAGAAUGAGUGGAGUUACGGAGGUGGUGAAGGUGAGACACUUCCUGGUUUUGCCUCACACACUCCAAGGUGGGUUCUUUGAACUGUUUGUAUGGGGGAGUCCCCUGGAUACUGAUUUGAAUUUAUUUACCUCAUGUUUUGGGGGUUUGUCGUAUAUGUGUAUAUACUUAUAUAUAUAUAUUUGUAAUGUAUGAGAAAGAGACGUUGAGGCUAGGAUGUGUAACACAAUGGUACUUAAGUUAGACCUGAAGGCUAAGUGCUACUGUUGCUGCAGUUUGCCAUGGUUCAGAGGUAAGACUGGCAGCCAUUUUGAAAUGGUUGUACCAAUGCUACAUUAGGUUCAUGUCCACCCCAAUUUUCUCAAUCAAUACCUUGGCUUUUUAAAGGGCUUAACAACACGUGUGAAAUCUCUAUGGGGCAGGCAUGGACGAGGAAAUAAAAGAUGGGACAGGGUUAGAGGGAAAGCAUGUGAGAAGAGAAAGAAGCAUGUUUGUGGAGGUGACUGGCUGCAUGCUUGUCCAAGUUGGUGGUUGAAGGGUGUGUGUGUGAAUGAGUGAAAGAGGAGAAGCCCAGAGACAUCACAUUGGUUGAUAAGCCUGCAGUGUGUUUUUAAGGUUCUGGGAUUCCUGGGUCUAUCCCAUCCGGAGAUUCUCCUCCUUUUCAGCGGCAUUCUCUUUAAGAGGAUUAAGCAUCCGGGAUGCCUGCUUUGUCCUAGAAAUAUAAAUGUGUUUCAGAAAUCACUCCCUGUAGGCCCUUAUGUAGAAGCUAAAACAAUGUCCUACUUGCCCAUUCCCCAACUGUAUGUUCCCUAAGACGAAGUCCUUCCAUUUUUACCUCAGUUGCUACUUAAUAAUAGUAACCGGGAGAGGGAGGACGGGAUAUCACCAGAUCGGAAGUGCCGUGGCUUCUGUCAUACAUAGGAAUACACUGCUUCAUCAAUUUUAACGAGGCAUUUUCCUGUUGUAUUCACAGCCACUUGGUUUUCUCCCUAGGAGAUUUGAUCUGAUUGAGUGGUUGUCUUCGCAGAGAACAUAAAAUCGCCAUGGGAGUCGGUUUCGCCAUCCCUUAACAUUUUAAGCAUAAUGGUCUUUCUUCCCCCUGACUCGCAAGCAGCCAUGGCAUUCCCUCAAAAGUGACUUAGCCUCCAGGAUAGGGGAGGGGUUCUGAAAGGUGACCUUCUGGCCAAUGUCAUCUCCCAUCUGAAGGGAGUCAAUUUGCCUUUUACGUUACUUUGUUUUGGUUGAUUUAUUUCUUCCUUUUAACUCUCCAGCUGUUGAUAUUUUUUAUACUUCAUAGCCUGAUGGGGCGCUGUCAUCAGGGGUGAUGGGAAGGGUCUCUUCCCCUCUGGUUCUCGUCAUGUCCCGAAGCAGUUUGUGUGGGUGCUGGUAGUGGU